GAAAUACCCGGAGAUAUAACAAUUAAUAUUUCGUGUCUAUUUCGUAUUUCGCUUUUACAUGUAGUUACAUUCUUUUGUUUUGUUGUUAUUUUGUUUGGAGGUGCACGCACACUUGCACUGCCUAGGUUAGCACUGUUAGGUACCUACUUACUACUAGUAGUAGAUAGGUAUCUACCCCAGAGAUGACUCGUCAUCAGAAGCCAGUGCGUUCUGACCCUUCUAAUCUUUGAACCUUUUAUCGAUGCGAGAAGGAUGAGACCGGAUUAACUUCUUUGGUGUUUGAGAGAAGGAGAAAAAAGAAGAACCUUGACGGCAAUCAAAUCAUUCCUGAUGUUGAAGCCACUAACCUUAGCACAUGAAAUAGUAAGAGCACAGCCACAUUCACGUUACACUUUCAAUCACAUACAUUUCUACAUAAUACAAGCCACCACAAGUUUUUCAGUUCCUACCUCAACAUCUUCUUUCUUGUACCACGAUGUCAAUCGUGGAUAUUGGCCAUUUGGCAGAUCUUCAACAUGCUAGACACUCCAUCACACUUUCCAAUGGCAAGCGCCUUGUUCUCUUCCGUCUACCAAAAAUUGGUCGCAUAGGUGCCAUAACACCUCCUACCGCAGAAGACUCAGAUUCAUGGACUUAUUAUGCCAUGGAGGCUGAAUGCCCGCACGCUGGUGGGCCUAUGACGGAUGCGCAUAUAGACAUCGAAGAUUCAUCCUACAUUGCCUCCUGUCCCUGGCACGCAUAUGAUUUCAACGUAGAGACCGGUGAGUCAAGUUACGGCAUCAAAGCCUGCACCUUUCCGGUUACCGUGCAAGAUGGACGCGUGGCGAUACGCAUCCCCGAGGCCCAGAAUCUACAGCUGGUCAAGGUCGAGCCUGUAAGCGAAAAGGUGAAGUUCAAACAUGGCCCCAGAGUCGAGCCUUCAGGUUCUCCAACGUAUCUUGGCGAAGAUGCUUCCCUUUGCGAUUGGUGUGUUCAUAUUUUGAAUACGUGCAAUCCCGAGCACAAAAUCGAGCUUACCACUCAUCUCUUCUCUCUAUUCGCUACGCGCGAACAAACUUCUUCACCCAUGCCAAUCGGGGCUGACACCGUGACUCCUCCCCAAGAGCCGCCGAGGCAAAACCUAACGCAGGUAGAGCCAGGCAAGAUGCCCAAGGCGGGCAAGGGGGGAAAUCUGAAGAGCAGGAUCAUGAUGCUCCAUGCUUUGGCUAAUAUUGAACAAUGGGCUAUCGAUCUCGCUAUUGAUAUCGUUGUCCGAUUUGCUUCAUUCCACACAGCCAUAUCCGAUGGCGAGGGUACUGCACAGCCAUUGCCGCGGACGUUUUUCUAUGAUUGGCUCAAGGUCGCCAACGAUGAGGCAAAGCACUUUUCACUUCUGCGAGCAAGGCUGGAAGAAAUGGGGAGUCGCUUUGGCGCAUUACCAGUGCAUCACGGUUUAUGGGAGUCCGCCACCAGAACAGCACACGACCUCCGUGCUCGAAUAAGCGUCAUCGCGCUAGUCCACGAGGCACGGGGCCUGGACAUCAAUCCUCUGACGAUCGAGAAAUUCCGGAACGCAAAGGACGGCGAAAGUGUUGAGGUCCUGGAUAUAAUUCAUAACGACGAGAUCACGCAUGUUACAACGGGACACCGGUGGCUCAGUUGGAUCUGCCAACAGGAGGGUACGGACCCUGUGCAGGUCUUUCGGAGCAGUGUGCAGAAGCAUUUUAGGGGGGCUGUUAAAGGCCCGUUUAACGCCGAAGCGAGAGAGAUGGCGGGUAUGGAUAAGAGUUACUAUGAAGAUUUGCAUGGGCAACCAUGGAAGGGGGAGAUUAUUGCUGGUGGAUGAUGUGUCUUCUGCAAUCAUGGACUAUUGAUUCCUAGUGCCAGACCUUGGUUUGGGGGUUGACCUCUGUGAACAAGCGGGCAGGCAAUGAUCACAACCACGUGGGCUGCAAUGUAGGUUUGAGUGGCGUAUCUAUGGAUCAUCGCUCAAUUGUAUACCCUAACACAACUAUUUGGAU